AUGCAAUCCGUGCAUGAUAAAUAUGAGUUCUCAUGCGAUGGCGUAUUUGGUUUGUCUGCGGAAGGGGAAUCGCCGGAGGAGGAGUCUGCGAUGGGGCAGUUCCUUCGGAAUUCUGCUUGCAAGGAGAAGAAAGUCGCAUUCUGGUUGAAUAGAGAUUUCGGUGCGGAAAACGGUGGAGAGGUGACGAUUUGUGGUGUGGACAAAAAUCAUUAUCAGUGUGAUCUCGAAUGGAUUCCGCUCGAGCAUGGACCACAUUGGACUGUUCGAAUGGAUGACGUGCGUAUUGGUCCGCAUCGGUUAUCGCUAUCUUCCGGCANGGGAAUUCUCAAGGAAUUUUUUUCAUUAGUGACUUGGCUUUUUUCAAUGAAUUUCUCACUAGUGACUGGGCUGAAUCGGUCAGGUUACAUACCCAUUUGGAUUUUUUUUAUUGUUUGA